AUGAGAUUAUCUGGAUUAAAUGCUCAAACUUUCCAGAUUAUUUAUUCAAAGAUGCAUGAAACCUCUGAUACAUCUGAUUGGUAUUUUACAGGAGAGAUUAUUUUGCGCAAAAAUAAUUUUAGAAUAGUAGAAAGAUCAAAAAAGGGAAGUGGUGUUAACCUACUUAAAAAGAUUUAUGAAUACAUAGGAGAAAAUUGUUACAUACCAACCGAUUGUUAUUGUUUUAUAAAGUGUGUAAAUUACAUCACGAACACAGAUUUAACAAAGGAAUUUCAAGAUUUCAUCAACAGUUUUCAAAAAUCAAACAGAAAAGGAGUUAUGACAACUGCUAGAAUUUCUAAAUUCAAUAAGAAAUUUAAUACUAAUUUUCAAAUCUAUAACCCUAAAGACAGUCAUUUUCAACCAAAGAAAGUAUUAGAGGAAUUUGAUUGGGUAUUUUAUUUACACAAAGAACAUUUCUGUUUGAUAAGAAGAAAUAACAAAGCUUUGGGCAUUAAAGAAAUAGAAGAUAAUUACGAUGAAAAUGUAUGGAGAACUUGUAAAGAUGAUGACGCGGUAAUGUGUUUCGCCCAGUUAAAACUAAACGUUUUUUCGACCAUAUCCGAUAACUCUUUAUACGCUUGGGAUUGCGAAACCUAUUGCGAAAAAGAAACGAAUAAAGCCAUUCCUUAUUGUUCGGUUUUGACAACUGGAUUGCACUUCAAAGCGUUAAUAAAACUAACACAAUGUCCACUAGUAGUAGAUAAUAAAAUUCUUUCUCUUCCUUUAUCUAAUCCAUAUACAGAAGAAAGAUUGCAGAAAAAAUGGAAAAGACAGAAAGAAAUAAUGAGAAACUCUAACUAUUUACAAAAUAUAUCUUUCACCUGUUCAUUUAAACAUCACAGCACUAGUUUGGCGACCUGGGGAAAUUCGUCUAAUCUACCGAUGAAUUUGAGAAAGAUCGCCGAUAUUAAUAUUGCAAAAUUCACCAAAGAAACCUGGGAAUCUUUAAGACCCGAAUGGGAAACUUACGCUAAAAGAGAUACGUUGUGUCUCGGAGCUUGUUUGAUAAAAUACAAUCAAGCAAUGAAAAAAACUGUCUUCCAAAACGUUUCCCAUAAUCUAACAUCUCCUUCUUUAUCUUUAAAGGGUUGGUAUUAUUUAUAUCAUUACAAUAAAGAAAUUGUUGAAGAAGAAUGGUAUGAAACUACUAGAAUGGUUCCGAAACACACCCAAAAAGAAAACGUACAAAAAGUUUACUCACAUACUCAUCCUUUUAUAAGAUAUUUUAUCAGACAAAGUAUUAAAGGUGGGAGAGUCUCUGCUAACAGAAAAUCAUUUGAAACGGAUAAAAUGAAUGAGAUCUGCGCCAUAUUAAAAGAAUACAAUGAAAGUGACACUGAAGGAAUAAUAGAUUUAUUCAAAGAAUACAGUGUUAACCCAAAAGAUAAAACGGAAGUUCACGCUAAACUCAAAGAACUGGACUAUUCUAAACUGAUGGCAUUUUACGCUAAUGGGUUGUACGCUCCCGCCAUGACAGAAGGUGAAUAUCCUAAAGCAGAAAGUGCCAGACCUUUCCGACUAGAGGAAAAUGAAAAAUUUGUCAAGUUCUUUAAUGAACAGAAAUUCAGACCUAGAACUGCUAUUUUAAAAGUCUGGUUUAAAUAUCCUACCAACAUGUUCUUUCAACCCAUACCAGCUAAAGAUAAAAUAACUUUUACGAAUAGAAUAGGUAAGAAGGAAACUGGGAGUAAAAUCAGGUUCAGAAAUGGUUUCUGUCACGACGUUUUAACAUCAGUUGAUAUUCAAGAAAUAGUGAAAUCCGGUGGUAAAAUUAUUAAAAUAUUAGAUGGAAUAGUAUAG